CCACCACCACCACCACCUCCACCACCACCACCACCACCUCCCUUCCUAUAUAUAACCCCAACAAUCACCACUCUCCCAAACAUAUAAACACACAAACACAUUCAUACACAUACAAACAAACAAAUAUAUAUCCAUAUAUAUAUAUUGGCCAAGCUUAACUCUUUUCAUGGCUUGUAUCAACAUGUACAACAGUGGGCAAGAGCAUCAUCACCAAGGAGGCAUUCCCAUGAGCCCUAGGAUCUCCUUCUCCAAUGACUUUGUAGUUGAGCAGGCUGCUGCCAUUUCAUCAGUGCCGAAGCUUUCGCCUUCUCCGGGGGACCCAGACUUUGAGUUCUCAGUCGGCAGCCGGCCAAUGAUGGCUGCUGAUGAAUUGUUUUUCAAAGGGAGAUUAGUACCACUCAGAGAACAUUGCAUCAUGCCAAGAACCACCACCUUACGUGAUGAACUGCUCGCUGGAGAUGAAGAUGAUGCUGAUGUUUGGGGAUCGACAUCGAGGCCGAUGAAGUCUAUCAAGUGGAAGGAGCUUCUAGGGUUGAAGAAGCAAGGGGGGCAUUAUGGGAAUAAGAAGCAGGAGAUGAAAAGUACUAUUGAGGGAGGAACAUGUAGGGUUGAUGAAGGUGGCAAGACUAUACUGCAGGAGGAGGAGGACUGAUGAUUUGAAGCUCAGACAAGACUAGGAAUAACUAUGAACAUGAAGAUGCUUUUCUUUCCCUUCUUUUUUUAAUUCUGCGUUUUUUUUUUUAAUUAUUAGUUUGUAGAGAGAAUUUACUUGGAUUUUUAGAAGGGUUUCUUUUUUAUUUUUUAUUUUAUUUUAUUUUAUUUUAUUUUUUUGAGUUAUGUUUAUGAUCUGUAGGUUGAACUGUAGUGAAGAAUUUUCUGGACUUUAGUUAAUUAUUAUGUCACUUGUACAAAAUGUUUUUCCAGCUGGGAAAUUAAUGUGUGAUGAUUUUUGAAUCUAGAUCUGUGGAUGGGGGCUUUAAUGUCUUCUUGGGUUGAUGUUUUUGGUCCUUGCAAUGCAAUCAAAAUGAAUGUGCUCUUCUUCUUCUUCUUUUUCUUUUCACAGAGAGAGAGAGAGAGAGAGAAAGAAAGAAGGGAUAUUUUAAGAUAUGAAUAUGAAGAUGAUGCAUGCAUGGUGACAUUAAUGGAGACUGGUAGUAUUGAGCUGGUGGCAUGUUCAAUGGAGGAUUAUAAAAUAACUGAGAAGAAGACAAAAACAUUGAAGAUGAAAUGUUUGUAGGAAAAGGACAGGGAU